CAUAUUGGGAUUUGUAUUCCUUCUGUUGCCCGGUCUUUGCAUGAGGGAAUUUGCCGCCGUAGUCACCCUCUCAGAGAAUGGGUUGUCGUUCCUAGUGCCUUGUCGGAGGCCAGAUAGGGCGAGGGAGGGUUAACUUGUCACAAAAAAAGACCUCACUAGGAAGGACUCAAGACAUGCUGAAUGUCAGGCAGUGCCAAAGACAGCUUUUCGCUAGCAAGCGGAGGACCUUUCUCGCUGUGCGUCGCACUCCGUGGUGCAGAGGCCGGCCCUGCUUGCUUCUACGUACGGAUUUCGUUACUGGUGCCGACGCCGCCCGGGGCUUGUAACGGGCGACGAAUGGGCGCGUGCAGUUGCAGUAGCAACCAUGAUGCCCGGGGAGACCCCGCCCGCGGCGACUACAGCGGGGAUCGCGGCGGAGGCGGCCACAGCCUGCGCCAACUGCGGGGCCCUCCAACAGAAUUUAAAUGAAUAUGUAGCUGCCUUAAUUGCAUUAAAGCAAAAGAUCAUUGAUACCGACCACUUGCUGACGGAAUACCAACAAAAGUGCAAUGAGCUUCAGUUUGCUGAAAGAGAAAACAAUACUCUUCGUCACCAAGUGGAACAAAUGCUCCAGAAAAUAUCACCAUUAGAAAAAUGCCAGGAAGAGCUGGGAUCUGUGAAAGCAGAACUGGAGGAAAAGAAGAGUUCACUCAAGAUAUAUCAGGAAACUCAUCUGGAAUAUGUUCGGGUGAAAGAGGAAAUGAACAAAAGUGACACCAUGAAGAAGAAACUGGAAACGAAAGUGAAGAAACUUGAAGAGGCUGCAGGAAAGCACAUCCAGGAGUUCAAGCAGUUGAAAGCAGAGAAGAAAGUUCUUCAGAAGGAAUUGAAGAAAGCGCAGGAAAAGACUGGUGGCUUUCCUAGUGCAAAGCAAAAGAAAGUGCUGAAGAAUGCUGAGACCCAAAGUGAGAGUCCAGUUGCAAAACUAGACAAAGAAAAAAUUAAGCUGCUGUUGGAGGAGCUCUGGGUGUGUAUUGAUAGCUCCACAGGAAAAAGUCUAAUCAACAAAAAUGACUACAUCUUAGCUACGGAUUUUCAUGGUCAUUCCAGAACACAUGGAAAAACAAAAACUAUGCAGAAUCCUCAAAAAAUCAGGAAACCUCGAAAUGAGAGGCCUUCUGGCGGUUCUUCACCUGAAAGCUGUACAACGCACACUUCUUUGGCAUCAUCGCAAAUAAAACUGGACAACAGGCCUGCUGGACAUGGUGCUCCAGUAGAAAGCAGGGCCAUGGAAACCACUGGGGCUUACAACAGCAGCAGUGCUUUUUACGAAGACAGAUCUCUAGAAGUCACUGUGGAGGCAGAUUUAGGAGCGAGUGACAUGGAUGAUUUUCACAAGGAGCAGGAAGAACUUGGUGAAAAUCUGCGGGAUAUUUUGCAAUGGAUUAGGCCUCUUCCCCCUCUGCUGUCUCCCAUACAGUUUUCACCUUCUGCUACUCCAGAUACGUUAUUUGGAAACCUAACAGAUUCAAGUGAUGAUGAAAUGAACCAGGAUGCACAAAUCCUCGAAAAUAUUUUGGAAAAAUGUGAUCUGGAUGAACCAAUAGCUGAAAAUCUGUACGAAGACCAUUCAGCAGAAUCUCAGAACAAAUGCAUCUCUUUUAGCCUUAACAACCCUGAACGAUUGAGUAAAUUGACGGAUGAAAAGUCAGUACUAUAUUCUGACCUUGUGUCAGAAACAUCAAUAUAUCUUAAUGAGAGAGAUGCUAAAUCAAAGAAUGAGGAGAAGUAUGUGGAAGAGAAUAAUGAUGUUAUACAAAUGCACACAGCCAUUGAGGUAGCAGCAUACAGUGCAGAAAACAUCAAUGAAAAAUUAGUUAAUAUGAUGGAAACAGAAGACAAAAUCUUGAUACCUGAUUUAAUGUCCCUGUCAGUUAACUUACAAGAAAAAACAGCUGAAUCAAUGCCCAUGCAGGAAGUGGUUGGAAACAGUGUUGAACAUGUGCUAGGAGAGUCUAGUAACUUAACGAAAGAAGAAGAGAAGGAAGAACUCACUGGAACAAUAGAAGAUGAUUGGCCUCAAGUACCCAAAGGUGAUGAUCAGCAGCAAACCAAUAUGCUUGUAGCUCCUGAAAAAUGUAAGGAUAGGUCUAGUGAUAUGAAAGGAGGAGUGGAGAAUGGCUCCAGUGGCAUCCAUACUAAAUUUAAUUUGGAAGAAACAGAACAUCUUGGUGAAGAACACACUGAACAUGUUACAACAUACAAACAAAACGCAACAACAGAAGGGUUCGGCACAGGCAGAAAUAGUGAACCAUCAAUGGAAGAGAAAAUUAAUUUUAGGAACCAUAACUUCCUUUCUGAAGUAGAACAUUCCAGUGAGCUGGUCCAGCCAGAAGGUUCUGUGGUACCUUUAAAACAGGCGAUGGAAAAAGAUGUUCCUGUUUCUGAUGUGUCCAUCAAAUCACAAUGUGUAGAAGAAGAUCACGGUAAUGAAGAGAGAUGUGACAAACAAAAUGAACCUGAAUUAAACGGGAAGAAUGAACUAGGGGAUCUUGAUGUCUUGAGAUCACAGUCUCAUAUUACAGUGGUAGAUGAUGAAUGCAAGAAGUCGUCGUAUUGUACGGACGAAACAAUCCAGUCUGAGGAAGAAUGCAACAUUGCCCCUUCUGUGCAUACUAAACACGGAGAAGAUUACCAGCUGAAAGCUGAAAAUGAAAAUGUUGUAGACAAAAUAGCUGAUAGCAUUACUGAGAAAUCCAAAUUGAUAGACAUAAAAAAAGAAUGCCUACAAGUAGAACAAUUUCUUGACCAAAAAGAUUCUAUUAAAACACUACAAGAGGAGCCAGAUUAUGAAAGUGAUCCUAUGUUACCAGCCCAAGCAUCUAUUAUCAAAGAAUAUUCAUCUGGGGGACCUCUUGAAACUAAUCAUAAGGUCCUUGAAUCAGAGAACCUCAUUGGAAAUGCUUCAGAACUGGGACAUGCAGACUUUGAAUAUGAGUGCAAGUCUAAAAUACUUAGCAUUUCAAGUAGCUUUCAAUAUACAGAGACUGUUAUGGAAGAGGAAUGUUUGACAUCGAAAAGGCUUGUGGAGGAAGACAGUGAACUACUGAAAAUCACAGAAACAGGGACUACACAGUGCAUUAUAGUAGAAGGAAGUGAGGAAACAUCUGAGUUUGGAAUUGAAUGUGACAGAAAUGGGACGUCCGAUUUGAUACCUAAAAAUUUGCAUUGUGGAAUAAAUAAUGCACCAUCUCAAGAAAAGGCAAACAGGAAUGAAGAGAGCAAUUCAUCUAUUCUAAGGAAGUAUGCUGUGGAAGGGACAGAAAUGAAUUAUAAGUGCUCUGUAACAAAUGAGGUGGUAUCCAAACAGAACACAAAUGAAGAUGCAGCCCAGUCUAUGUGUUGCAUAGAUGCAUUGCAAGCAGAAAAUGCAGAUACUGAAAUAACUUCCUCUGUCACAGUGACAGGUGGUUCUAAGUCUACUUCAGAGCCCAUCGAUGUCACUGCUUGCAACCUUGAAAUCAAUGAUGAGCUCUUCAGCAGAAAAGGCCAAAGUUCUGAAGGUGCUGCAAACAUACUAUCUUCGCUCUCAGUAUACAUUGUCCCUUCCCCGCCAACCGGAGAAGAUGCUGAUCAUAUUGAACAUCGUAAUUCUGGAGAAGACUUGAAGGCUAAAGAGGCAAAUAUUACUGAUUCUGAGGAAAAUAUACAUAAGCCCCUAACUUGUUGUAGUCCUGACAAUAAUAAAGAUCAAAUGGAAAUUGAACGAACCAGACUAUCAACUAUCAGUGAUCCCCAGAUAUCGUGUAAUGGGGAGAUUUCUAAAGCACUAACUCCUGUGGCAUCAAGCCUAAACAGUGAUAAUGCAGUAGACAUUUUUAAAGCAAACAAAGGAGCAGUUCUAAGUGACGAGGAACUUCUCAUUCUGCCUGAGAAGUUAGGGAGUCCUUCAACAAACUUUGUGGUUGAACAUAUUCUCAAUGACACAGCAGCUAAAGAAACUGAUGAAAUAUCAAGUCAUGGUAUAAGAUUUGGAGGGCUGAAGCUGUCAGAAAAUGCUGUUGUGAUUGGGAAGUCAUCUACCUCGGAUUCAUCAGAUGAAGAGGUUUUCCUGUUAAGGAAGGUGAAUUGCACAAGACCACAACAAAGGCGUGAAGGCUGCAGAGAGGAUAUGGGUGCCAUCAGGAACAGUCAUGUAGGUGCACCAUCCAAUAUGACUCUCUUUGGUAGUGAUGGGCAUGAGGUAUCCCAUGUCACAGAAGAGGCAUCUCAAAAAGACAGACAUAUUGCAGUACAAGACACUGACUCCUAUGCUGCUGAAGUGACUGAAAGGAUGUGGGAACAUUCAUAUGCAGCAGGGUGGACACGUAAUAAUGAAAAUGCCUCUUUAAAACUGGAAUCCUCUGUAGCAAUAGAGAUAUCAAAAGAGGGGCAAGCCGAACAAAGUAUUUCAGCAGUUGCUUCAUUGACAAGCCAGUCACUAAUGUAUAACAGAAAAUCUGUCUCCAGGAAGUCCUUUGCAAGUGGUCUACAAGUUAAUAGUGAAAUAGUUGCAUCAUACUCAGAAUACAAUGGUGCUAGUUUAAAAACAUCAGAAAUUCAGUCAGACAUCUAUAAAGAGAAAUCAAGUGCUGAGCAAGAAAGAGACUUUGCAACUUCAGAAUGCAACUCCAACAUGAUGCAAAACCAGUUAACAUCUGUCCAUGUUGAUUGUGAUGCGAAUACCUCCCAUAACAAGGAAUGUCAUAUAAAGAAUGAAGGAAAAACCUGUGCUGCUCAAACCAGCUGGAAUUCCAUACCACCUGUCUCAGAAUCUUCUUCCAACUCCAACUCUAAGCAACAAAAGAUAGUACCUGAGAAACUGGCAUCUCUACCUACUCUUGCAUCUUGCACAAAGAAUGGAGUAGAACAGAUACUUAAACCAUCCGACUCUAGAAAUGUUUCAGUUCAGGCAGGUCUUAAAGGUGGUCAUGACAGGCCUCUCCACACAAUACCUCCCCAUAAGGGGAAAAGGAAAAGUCAGCAUACCCUACUAGCUGAGACCAUUUUUGCCAAUGCAGAUACUUCUACACCUACAACAUGUUCUCUGAAAACUCUUACAAAAAUUAGGCAAGAGAUGGGUCCUCCGUUACCUCCCUUACUCCCACCUCUGAUAGCUACGCCUCCAAGAACUGUUCGGCUCCUCUCCCCAAUAAUGUCAUCAUCUAGCCAAUCUUCUUUGCCUUCCCCACUUGAUGAAAUUAUUUCUCCUUCGUGUGAAACUCCAGUCACUUCUCUAAUGUCACCACUGUCGGAUAUCCCUAAAUGCAAGUCUCCUACUACACUUACUACUCCGUCUCCCUCUGAUAUGCGGAUCAGUCAGAGAGCUCUCUCUUCGCCUCUUCAGUUUUGUGCCACCACUCCCAAGCAUGCCCUUCCUGUACCAGGCAGGCUUCCUCCAUCUGCAUCUGGCAGCCCUGCUCUGCCUGUGCAUCACGAAAACUCCGUGAAAAUCUUGGACAGUAUGUAUCCAGAGUUAUCUGCCCGAGCAAGAACUCUCAGCAUCCUGAAAGGUAACAUUCAGCUCAGCAGAUCUUCUUCUCUAGAUGGCAAGAAUAUUCCACAGCCUGUCCGUCAGUUCAGUGGCUUUAAAGCAAUUGCUUCCAUGUCCACUGCUUUUGUUAAAACGGGGAGUAAUUUGAAGUCCGACCCAGAGCAGCCAUUUUCCAAUGUGAGUGACAGUGGGAAAAGGAUGUUGGCACCUGUGGCUAUGCCAAAGAGUGCCAAGAGGCCUAGACUAGACAGCAAGUCACCAAAACCAAACAUCUCCAAAGAGCUUUCAACUAAAAUCUUGGAUACUGACGUACCGUGCCCUGCUGAGGAAACUGUCGACCUGAGUAGUGGGAAUGGUACUCAGUCAACAGGUGACUGUGAUUCAGAAUUGCUUUUGGCAUUGAAGAAAACUGAUGAUCCAGAUAACAGUGUUGUGACUGUAGCACUGGAGAAAAUUUCCAAAGCCUGUUUUGACCUGUUACCUGUUAUUCGUAGCCGCGUCUUUGUGGGCAAUACCUCAAAGAUCCCAGUAAUGACAGAUGAAGAGAAAGAAGUUGUCUAUGAACUUGGUGUUGCAAAGAAGUACCUUGCCGAAAAAGCAUUACAGGCUAUUCUGAAGAAACUGAAGAAACAGAAGAUGUCCUUGGGCCACAAUCAUAUUCAGUCCCUCUGCAGGGUGUAUGUUGGCAUAUGCCGGCAGCUGGGAGACCUUGAAAAAGCACGUCUGUUUUGCUACAGUCUCCUUAAGGAAGAUUUUCCCAAAUCUGACAAGCUGACUUUGUUUACUGGAAGCACAUGGCCUGAGAUAUUCUCCUCUGAAAGUGUGAUCAACAAAGCUAUCCAGUUAGUAGCCAGACAGCGUGCAAGAGGGGAAGUGCUGAAAUGCCUGAGAACUUACCUGAAUUUGGAGGAGAAUCCACCAGCAGAUAUUGGCAUGAUGGUCUCUAGCCUGCUUUUAGCAAUACAGCUGUGUCCACAAGUGGAAUUUCACCUGAGUGAACAAUAUGGAGAAGACCUGAAAGAGAGUACGUGGGAAUAUGUGUUUGCAAUUGAUCUGCUGUGUUCACAUCAAAAGUGGCGCUGGACCCAUGACAAUAUCAUAAGUAAAGAACUCUGGCCUAUCAUGGAUAAAUGGGUAAAGAACAGAAAGGGCAAUGGAAAUGUUUCUUCCCCUUCUGAUAUAAUUGUAGCAACAGUGCUCAGGCUGAUUGGUCGUCUAGGCCAAAUAGGACUGAGAGAAGGAUUUUUUUUUGCUGUAGAAAAUAUCAGUUCUGUUAUUGGGAUCUUUCUCCAGCAUGCCAAAGAAAAAGAUGUAGCCUGGGGUGUCCAAUUGGCAGCAGCAUAUGCACUCUGUGACUUGGGUCCUAGCAAUCCACCUAGAGUACUGGAGGCCAUCAGAACGUGGGAAGCAGUAAAUACAAACAGCCUUCCUCCUGCUGCCACAAGCGGCAUAGCAGAAGUCACCAGUCUACUAAAGUGUGUUGGGAGAACCAAAGGCUCCUUAUCAGCAUAAAGUUCCUGGAAUGUUUUGUGUGUGUUUUCUUUCCAUAGAGGAAAAUGUUGCACUGCCAUCAAAAAGAAACGUUUUCAAAUCAGAAGAGCCAGGCAACAUUCGACUCUUGUAGAGAUGUUAUGAAGACAUCAUUGUUCAGUGGAGCCUGAAGUACUUUGUGUUGCAGUAGAAUCAAUAAGCAAUUGAGCAUUGACAUAUAUGAUGCAAGUAAACAAAAAUACAUUGUCUUACUGAUGUGAGUACUAGCUGUUUAAAUGAGAAAAAAGUGUUUAUCUAUGCAAAUAGAAGUGUUCUCUUGUAAACUGGUCUUCCAGGAUGUGAAGCUGAGACUCCUGAGUCUACUUAAGGCUCUUUUUAGUUAUGCCAAAUGCUCUCCGAACACCUUUUGCUGGGAAUUCAGAUGAAACAUAAACUUUGUAACAAAUUUGUUUCCUUCUUUGUUUGGCUGUGUUAAAACACUAGCUUCAUAAAACUUGAAAGCAUUUUUAGAGAAGGAUUGCUUCUCAUGAUGUGUAUAUGCAUCCCAUUUCUGCCUCUCUGAGUUGAUGAUGUACAUUUGUGGUGUUUCAAAAUCCAGCAAAUCUUUUGGACAGGAGAUGAUAGUGGAGCAAAAGAAAACAAAUGCACAUCCUGAGAAGUGAUGCCUCUCCAAGGCCACUUUCCACCUCUCUUAAAAACUGAUUUGUCUCCUCCCUAACAUUGGUGAUCUAUCUCAAAAGGAAAAUACAAAAGAUUUUGGACCAAAUCAUGUCCCUUAUUCAUGUUACUAGUCCUUUUGAUUUUAAUUGUUUUUUAAAAAAGCGUGGUUUGAUUUCUGCACACGAUAUCUACAGUAUAUAGAAGACUGAGAUGCUUUCUCUGUGAGAAUGUGUAUAUAUGGUAUAUUCAUAUAAUGUGUUUCACAUUUCAUGUUGUUCCACUUUGGGAAUUUUACUACAUGUAUAUAGAAACAAGUUUUUAAUAAAAAGCCUCGCAUCGUUUAGA